AUGAGUACUGUACUGACUUGGGUAGAAGCAUGCUUAAACUCUAGUCCCAUUACCUCUCUGUCUUCCGACCCAUCCGAUCUUUCCUAUUUAACGCCUGGUCACUUUUUAAUCGGUGAUGCUAUUGCCGCCGUACCCGAAAGGGAUGAAACGACUACUUUCGUGACGCCGUUGGAGCGUUGGAGAAGGAUUACCCAAUAUUCACAACUACUUUGGAAGCGCUGGAGUACAGAGUAUCUGGGUCAACUACAGGAGCGGGUAUAA